GGAUUUAACUCCGGGAGCUUGGUUAAUGGUGGAAACACGCAUGGGGAGAAAGGUCUAUUCACUCCAUCACAGUGGAUGGAGCUAGAACAACAGGCCUUGAUCUACAAAUACAUCACCGCCAAUGUACCCAUUCCAUCUAAUCUCCUUAUUCCCAUCAGAAAGGCCUUUGAGUCCGCUGGCUUUUCCUCCUCCCCUAGCCUUCUCAGACCCAACACAUUGGGAUGGGGUUCUUUCCACCUGGGAUUCUCAAACAACGCUGAUCCGGAGCCGGGAAGGUGUCGACGGACGGACGGCAAGAAAUGGCGGUGCUCGAGAGACGCUGUCGCAGACCAGAAGUACUGCGAGCGGCACAUAAACAGAGGCCGCCAUCGUUCAAGAAAGCCUGUGGAAGGCCAAACCGGCCAUUCUCUAGCCGGAGCCGCUGUCAGCACCACCACCACUGCCGCCGCC